AUGGUCAAUUUUCAUUAUAUUAAUAAAGAUUUAUAUCAUACUUCACAAUUCUCUUCAUUAAAUCAACAUGAUAAUCUAGAUCAUGAUGAUCUAUAUUGUACUAAACAUUUGAAUUCUAUAAUUAAUGAUAAUACUAAAUGGGAUUUAUUAAGAUCAAUCGAAUUGAAUGAUGAAAAUAUCAAAUCUGUUUCAAAUUUUUAUGCAUUAGAUCAAUUAUCAACUCUAUCAAAUAAUAAUGAUAAUAAUUAUAAAUCAUUAAAAAUUGAUGAUACAACAACAAUAGAUAGUUGGACACCAUCAAUUGAUCAAUCAUUUAUACAUCGAGAAAUAUUAAUAAAUAAAAUGAAAAAUUGGAAAUUAUACAGAAAUACUAGUCCUUUAAAUUAUUUCAAUAAUAUGAAUAAUACUAGUAAUAUUGAUAAUCUACCUGAAAAAUACUCUGUUCAAUGUAGAUUUAGAACAUUUGAAGAUGUACCGAAAGAUCAAAUAGAUGAUCAUGUAGCUACAGUACAUAUAUUUAACCGAUAUUUAAUGAAUAAUGAAUAUGAACAUGGAGAUCAACUACAAACAUUGAAAGACGUUCAUUCAUCAGUUGAUUUAAGUGAAAAUUUAACAGAACAGUUUAUUACACCAUCAAUCAGUGAUGGUGUAACAUUGGAUGUAUGUAAUCAGGAUUUAGAUCAUAAUACACGUUUAAAUGCAAGACAUCGUAUAUGUGAAGAAUAUUUACAAUGUUUAGAGAAACGAUAUAAUCUUAACAUGAAUCAAUCAAAUCAUGAAAUGAAUAAAGUGAAUGCAACUGAAUAUGAUUUAAUACCGAAUCAUUUAUAUAUAUCAACAAGUGUUGAUGGUUUACAUUCAAUGGUAACAACAAUACAAAUGGAUUCAUCCAAAUUGUAUCAUUCAAUUGAUCAUACUACAUUGAAACAAAAUACAACUGAAGAGAAAAUUAUUGCAAAUAAAUGCGAACAAGAACGUGUACAAAAGAAAACAUUUACCAAUUGGUUAAAUACAUAUUUGAGUAAUGCGAAUCCACCAUUGAAAGUUCAAGAUUUAUUUGAAGAUAUCAAGAAUGGAAUAGUGUUGAUAAGAAUUUUAGAAGUUUUAUCAGGAGAGAAACUAGUUAAAUUAGUCAAUGUCAAUCCAACUGAUAUUGCUGAUGGGAAACCAGCUAUUGUUCUUGGUCUCAUAUGGGUUAUUAUACUAUAUUUCCAAAUUGAGGAACAAGAAGAGUUACUAUUGAAAAUUUUGGAUCUUCCACCUGGUUCACUUAAAGCAAGAGGUUCAGCUAAACGUGCUCUACAAACCUGGGUUCAAGAAAUUUUCGCUGGAAAAUACGAUGUUCAAAUUCGUGAUUUUGGUCCAAGUUGGCGUGAUGGUAUAGCAUUCAAUGCUAUGGUACAUAAUAUUGAUUCUAGUCUUGUUGAAAUGGAUAAAGUAAAGACUAGAACAUCAAAAGAAAAUUUAGAACAUGCAUUUACUCAAGCUGAAAAACAUUUGGGUAUACCAAGACUUUUAGAUCCUGAAGAUGUCGAUGUUGAUAGACCAGAUGAAAAGUCAAUUGUAACAUAUGUUGCUCAAUUUUUCAAAGCUUAUCCGGAUGCAGGAAGGCGAAGACCUGAUUCACCUACCAAGACGGAUGUCAAACUAAAACUUGAUAAUCUGAUGAAAUUUAUUCGAGAAUCUGAGUUAAAAAUGAAAACAGCUCGAUCUGCGCGUACUAGUUUAAAUGAACAAUAUCAGGUAUAUGAGGAAUUAAUUACAGGGAAAGAGAUAGAAGAAGUAAAUUAUGAAUCACUAAAAGAUCAAUGGUAUUCUGGUUUAAUAUCUCAUACUGAUUCAUUAAUUAAUCUAAGUGAAAUAGAAAUUUUAGAAGAAUCAUGGCAUAAUUUUAUUAAUAUUAUGAAUGAAUGGUUAUGGGAAAUCGAUGAAAAAAUACCUGGUGAAUAUGGUUAUAUUGCUAAAUGGUUAAGCCAAGCUGAAAAAUGGUUUAAACAAGUAGAUUUAAAAUGGUAUCAAAAACCAUCUGGUACUGAAGCAAUGGGAUUUUGUAUUACAGUUAAUCAAUCAUGGCGUCCUUCAAGUGCUGAACCUCCAUAUUCUCCUCCAUCAAAUGAAUUAAUAGAUAAGUUACAAAAUGAAAGAUUAGAAAUUUUAGGAACAAAUAACCAAAAGUUGAACUCUAUUCGUGAUGAUUUAUCUCGUAUUAUUGACAAUGAAAAAACAACCAAUUUGCCUAGUACUUUAAUUGAUCGACUAAGUACACGUUUAUCAAAAGUUACUGGUUAUGAACCUGGAAAUACUGCAGUUUUAAAUGCAGCCAAAGCUCGUAGAACAUUUCUUGAUAUAUUAUAUAAUGUUAAUCGUACAGAAACUACUACAGGUGUUCGUAUACGUAGUCGUCGACGUGAAAGUGCUACAGGUUUUGAAUAUCGUUUUUGUAAUUGGUUGGAUCUAGUUGAUGGUAAUAUACAUACUGAAACUAGAGAGAUUGUAAAUGGAAUUCUUACCGAUUAUCAGCUUUGUUUAAAAACGGAACAUAUUCCAGAGAAAUUAGAUCAAUGUAAAUUGGAUUUAUGUAAACAUUUUAAUUUAUUAACUAAAAUUAUUCAAUAUGAUGAUCAACUUAUACCAAAAAAUUCUUUGGAUAUUAUUCAACGAUGGCAAGAUGAUUGUGAAAUGAAAUGGAAUUCAGAUAAAUUAAAUCAAUUAAUACAAUUAGGUGAACGUAUUAAACAACGUUUAACAUUAUGGGAUAAAUUAGAUCAUCGUGUUAGAAAUAUAGAAAAUUGGUUGUCACAAUUUGAAGAUUCGAAAUUUUCUGAAAAUGAUUGGUUCAGUCGACGAGAUGAAAUAUUUGUGUUAUUAGAUGAAGCUAAUGAAGCUGCUCAUUAUCUUGGUGAAUCAGCUGAUCAUCAUAGAUUGGAAAUGUUUCGUAAAAGGAUUGAGAAAGUAGAAUCCGAUGUGAGCAAAUAA